CUCGAACUCAACAACUUCUAUGCUGUCUUCAGUACCACCAACAGAUCCGUUUCUCUCCGUCUGCGGCGUAUCCAGUGUCACAGUUGACAAACUCAACAACGACGGCGGCUACCGCACAGUCCCGAUCCGACAUUGCGACUUCGCUGACAAUGAAGAGUACGAGGCCUUCGUGUACUUGGAAGAUGGCAUCAACGGCACGCAAGUUGAGGGUUUGACGACCUUGCAUCGUCAGAACAUUUCGGUAGUGGUGGCGCCGGCAGAGACUAGUAACGCAUUCUUGGACUUCCCAGUAGUGUUACCUGGUGUUGUGGAAGUGAAAAGCAAGGGCGUUGAAGAUGCUAAGAAUGACACAACAAAUUCCUCUGCUUCAUCCAAUGCAUCAGCGGUAGACGCCACAACAAAUUCUGUUGUGGAACGCUCUCAAGCCAUGUCUGACGGGUUCAUCGUCCAUUUCCGUGCAGAAAAGAAGGGACGCGUAUGGGCCAGUGUGGUGAAGAGAGAAGAUUUAGACCGACUCUAUGACGCUACAAUUGAGCGUAAGUACGGCAAAUUGCAUUGGCGACGCAACAUGCUGCAACUAGGACAGGGUGACAAGACCUAUUGCCAAUACUUCGGAGAAUAUUUUGAUGUUCAUCCUUACGCAAUUCCUGCUGUAGUGGCCAAUGAUGGUGCUAAUGGAACUAAUGCUUCAACAGCU